UUUUUAACGACUCUUUCUGUUUUCAGUCUCCGUUCGAUGUGCAUUUAGUACUUGGUUCGAUCUGUUUAAACAAGCUAUCAGUGCAAACGAGAGAAAUAAGGUAUUCUCCAGAAAUGACUUGUACUUCCAUGUUCAUGGUGGCAAGAUUUGACUUGCAUCAUGCCAGUUUACUGCUUGUCCUGUCCCGUCGGUCCGUGUUGUUCAGAGUUUUCAGCUCCCAAUCCCAAAUCAGCCGCAGCCUCAAAGAGAGCUACAGGCUGCUACAGUUGCCGGAUGAAGGUCAGAGCAGCCCUGCACAAAUUAAGGAAUCGUACCUGCGCCUGGCCAAGCUCUACCACCCGGAUUCUGGAGCAGCCACCGCAGAUGCAGCGUUGUUUUCACGGGUGGAGGAGGCGUACCGGUCAGUUCUUGCUCAUCAAAGCAAGAUUGUGCAGCCUGAUCUGGUGAAGGGGGAGGAGGAUGAUGAAAAGUCUCGCAGUGCAGCUCCUCAGCACAGACACUACCUCAGUUAUGAAGGUGUGGGCUCAGGCACGCCGAGCCAGCGUGAGCGCCAGUAUCAACAGUUCCGUGUGGAUCGAGCCUCUGAGCAGGUGUUGAACUACAGACAGAGAGAGCAUGAGAGAGCUGCUGCUGCCGAGGGGGCCCUGGUGGAACGAGACAUGCGUCAGCGUAGCCGGAAGAUUAAAAUCACCCAGGCUGUCGAAAGGCUGGUGGAGGACCUUAUACAGGAGUCCAUGGCUCGUGGAGACUUCAGGAAUCUGAGCGGAGCUGGGAAGCCUCUCAAUAAGUUUGAGCAUAAUCCUUACGCUGAUCCAAUGACACAUAACCUGAACCGCAUCCUCAUUGACAAUGGUUAUCAACCGCCCUGGGUCGUCACGCAGCGAGACAUCCGGGAGAAAAUAGCUGAAAUCCGACAUACUCUUUUGCAAGGAAAGGCCAGACUGUCCGACUCCUGGACGUCAAAGGAGCAGAGCGAGUGGGAGCAGCUGUGUGCUUCAGUCCAAGACGAAAUAAAACGGCUAAAUAAGUUGGUGGACAAUUAUAACCUUGUUGUUCCGAUGCUUAAAAUGCAGAUGGUUCAUUUCAACCUGACAAGGGAGAUUGAGCGUGCGGAAAAGGCAGCUCAACAGCAUCGACUGGACCAGCAGAAAGAACGGGAAAAGGAGAGGCAGAGGAGAAAAGAGGAGAAAAAAAAAGCUAAUGCUGCUGCUGCUGAAGCCAAUAAAAAAAAGCCAAGCGUGAUGACUUGGAUGCAGAAGGUGCUUAGGUUAAGAAUAUAAAGACUCUGAUGUUGAGAGUGACAAUCAUUUAUUGUUAACUAACUUACGUCACAUGAAGCUGUUCAAAUCCAUCCAAGUGUUACUGUGUGAA